CCCCGCCCCCCCUCGCGUUCCGCUCGGUCUGGUCCCUGUCAAGUUUCUCCACAGGCCCCGCCCUUGUUCGCGUGAUGCACGAGGUCUGCGCCGCACGUCGAGCCCCCCGCUUCGUGCGUCAUCAGGCCGCGCCCGUAUGGGCGGCCUGCUAGUGCGAGGUCGCGGAGUUUCGGACAUGGCGCGGGUUGCCGCCCCCCCGGAGGUGAUCCGCGCGGCGCAGAAGGACGAGUACUACCUCGGCGGCCUGCGAAGCGCGGCGGGUGGCGCCCUGCACAGCCUGGCGGGUGCAAAGAAGUGGUUGGAGUGGAGGAAAGAGAUUGAGCUGCUCUCAGACAUUGCCUACUUUGGCCUCACAACACUUGCAGGCUACCAGACGCUUGGGGAGGAAUAUGUGGGCAUCGUCCAGGUGGACCCAUCCCAGCGGCAUGUGCCCUCUAGGCUCCGCCGCUGCGUGCUGGUGACACUUCAUGCAGUCCUGCCCUACCUGCUGGACAAGGCCCUGCUGCCCCUGGAGCAGGAGUUGCAGGCUGAAGGUGACAGCAUGCGACCCUCACAGGGUAGCCUGGUGCCCAGUGGGCGUGGCCGGUCAGGGACACGACGAUGGGUUCGUCGCCACACGGCUAGCCUGACAGAGCAACAGAGGAGGACACUUCAGCGGGCCACUUUCAUCCUUAGACAGGGCCUCGCCUGCCUCCAUCGCCUCCACAUAGCCUGGUUUUACAUCCAUGGCACUUUCUACCACCUGGCCAAGAGACUCACGGGGAUCACUUAUCUGCGGACCCACCACCUGCUGGGAGAGGACCCACGGGCACGCGCACACUACAGGUUGCUGGGGCUCAUCUCCCUGCUGCACCUGGCGCUCUCCGUGGGGCUACAGGUGUACAGCUUCAGGCAGAGGCGGCGAGCCAGGAAGGAGUGGAGGCUGCACCGCAACCUGUCCCACCGCAGGAGCUCCCUGGAAGACAGAGCCGUGUCCCGAGCACCCCUGUGCACCCUGUGCCUGGAGGAGCGCAGGCACGCGACAGCCACACCCUGCGGCCACCUCUUCUGCUGGGAGUGCAUCACUGAGUGGUGCAGCACCAAGGCACAGUGUCCCCUCUGCAGGGAGAAGUUCCCUCCCCAGAAACUGGUCUACCUGAGGCACUACCGCUGACUGGCACCAGACAUCCCUGAAAGUGGAUGGAGGAACCUCAAGAAGCUUAUUCUCAAGAUUAACUUAGUUGCACAGAGAUUAUAAAACCCUUUACACUGUGUGUUGCCACAUAAGCUACGAUUCCAGCCACCCAGGUAGAGGACAAAAAUGCAGGGCUGACUAGGAUGAUGGGCCUGGCACCUUGAGGGCUGUGUUGGCAGGGAAGGGCCAAAGCCCUAGGUUUGGCUCAGCUCAGGGCUUCUUCAGAGGUCCCUCACGUGAACAAGUUCUCAGGGUCCCCUCCCUUCCCCAGCCACAUAGUUGAGAACUAAUUUCAAAAGUUGUCCAGAAAGAAUUUUAUUCAUUCAGUUAAGCAGUGGGUUCCCCGGAGGGCAGGGGCUGAGGGUCAGUUGGGGGGCAGGGGGCAAUGUGCUCCAGCCAGUGGUGGCAGAGGACCCCAGCACCCAGGCCAGAUAAGUCCACCUCCAGGGCCGGGUGACUACUAACGAAGUGUCAGUACCUCUGACUAAAUAUUUGGCACAUAUUUUUAAUUCAUGUUUGCUUCCCAUUUUUGGCCUUAACAUAAAUGGGAAGGGGUCUCCCCAGCUGCGGGGGCAGAACUAGCUUGAGUGAAGUUUCCUAUUUUCUUCACAUCUUAACCUAUUCGUGCUGCUAGGCUUCUGCCCCCUCAGCUUGUCCCCAGCCUGUCCCCAGCCUGCUUCUUGCCUCCAUUUGAUAUUUCUAGGUUUCAAACUUAAGUGGUGCCAGAGACAGCCUGGCAACUUAAAGUAAUUCCAGAAAUGUUGGUCCAUGAUGAACAAAGGAUUGACCUGGAAGGAGCACAUAAAUGUCUGGAGCUGCCUCUGGGUUGUGUGGAAUGUCCCCCUGCUGGGAGGCGGGGUAGGGCUGAGGCCAGCCAGCAGCAUUGGUUUUGCUGUUCAGCUGUUCCUGGUCAGCAGGUCAGCUUGCAGCAACAGGCAGCUGCCUGCCCUUAGCUGGGAGGAGCACUGGGGUUGGCACCAGGGCUGCUGGGCAGCAAAGCCUCCACAGCCCUGCAGGGAGGCAGGAGCACAGCUCUGCACAGCCAUCCUCAGCCCUGGACAGGUGCACAGAAUUCCCAUCACAGACCAGAGUCUGACAACCCAGGUGCAUACCUAUAUCUCAGCUGCUAGGGAGGCCGAGACAAGAGGAAAGUUUGACGUCAGCCUUGGCAACUUAGAUUGUGUCAGAGGAAAAAAACUUACAGGGGGCUCUGAGGGUGAGGCUCAGGUAUAUUACUUGCCUAGCAGGCUCAAAGCCCCUGGGUUCAAUCUCUAGAACCACACACUUGCAAAAGUGCUUGGAACACGGUUUAAAAUGAUGGAUCAGGUAUACAGAAGGACUUACUUUACUACGCCCUCAGAGGAGCUCAGCUUGAGAGGAAAAGCCAACAAAAGACCGCCCAGACCAUUGUUCAGUGUCUGGAACCAUCUGUGUACCUGUCCCGUCAGGCCCCAGCCCUGCACCCAUGCCGCUGAGCCCCUGCAGGGGGUCUUGCUGCUGCAGAGACGGUUCCCUCCCAGUGCUGCUGAAAGCAAGCUGGGCCUUGAUGCAAGGACUAGCGCUCGAGAUAUAGACCAAGCAAAGGGACACUGUCUUUAAUAAAACUGGAAUUAAAAAGUCACUUAGAAAAAUGUUUAGGAGUACUUUUUUUUAUCACAUUAAAAAAGCUGACAUGCAGUAGGUUCUGUUUCCCUUGUAGAAAGUGAAAAGCUGUUGUGUUAAACCCACAAACCUGGCCUGUUCUGACCAGUUUUGGUGUUUCCUUAAAGGGGUGGAAAACACAUUUAGUCAAAAGCAAAACUCUUUAUACGUAUCAAAGAAAUGUGUCAAAAUAAUCUCAAACAAUUAAAAUAUAAUAUGUUUAUAAUUCCAGGCCCUCAGAAGCAAUCAUGGUAGUUAAGAACAAAGUUUUGAGUCAUCGCGAUAGAGGCCAGCUUGAAACACCUCCAGUGAGGUGAGGUUUGGAAACUGGCAUGAGAACCCCAGAGUUACUUGAAAUCACCUGUGCAGUGUUACGUUCUCUUGCACGCAGGAAUCAGGUUGGCAUCGUCCCUCGUCCCUUGUCCCUCUGGCCUCGCCGUGGCCCGGAAACAGCCCCACGCAGAGCAUCCAGCUCCUCUUGCAGCCUCGCUCCUGUCCUCCCUCCCACCCCACUCCUGCUGCCCGCCUGGCCUCUUGAGCCUGCGGUUACUACAAUGCCGUCCUUUGAAACAGGUGGACACCGCUGAAAUAGAAAUCAAUGCAGUCUGGUUUAAAUGCCAGUUUCUUCAAGAACCUGUAUUUCAGUUACAAAUCAUUGAGGCUCCUUUUUAAAAAGAAAAUUCAAAUCCCUUGUAAUCAACUACUUUAUGUGAAGAAAAAGGCAUUGUUACAAUGGCUCAAAACCGUCUUGAACACGUGUGCCAGAGUCAGUCCAGCUUCUAACUAGCAAACGUCUUGCCCACGUCCUCCUUCCCUUUGUAUCUCCUCUUUCCGUGUGUGAAUGGUAUGUACCGGUAUUUAAUCAUGUGCUGGGAAAACAAACACAAACAAGCUCAAGUUACUUCACAACUGUCCCCUGAUAGGCCACGCUUCCCCUAAUCUCAACAGCCAAAGGUGCCCCUUGGUCUUCUCUACUGUCACAAGCCAUGGAAACUGGCACAGCCUGGCUGACCUGUGCGAGCCCUAUCUGAAAUCCCCACUUUCAGGAAGCGUUCUGUGAGCCCUCUGUGGGAAGGGUCCUCUUGGGUCAGACUGCUGCAGAGCCCUGAGCUUUAGACUAAGAAGAGCCACUGAGACGCUGCAGGCCCAGGGAUGCCGGGCACAACCCGGCACUUUCCUCUCUAGCUCCCAGCCAGCUGCCCGGAGGGCCCACUGGUCCCACGUGGGGAUCUGCAGAUUUGUGCACACUGGCCUUGAUGGGAUGUGGAACGCUGGGUCCUCGCCACGCACGAGGCAGUGCUGGCCAAUCAUGGCAGGCCCUACCCAGUGCCGCUCAUCAGAGACCGAGGCACGGCUCUCCCAGGGCAGUGACAGGACAGAACACAGCGGCGCUGAAGUCUUUACCUUUAUUUGCCUCUUCAUUGUGAUACAGAAAAGCAUGAUGAAGUACAUCACCAGGAUCGGCCAGAACACCGGGACGUUGAAAGCCUCGAAGAAGGUGCAGACCAUUGCCACCAGGAUGCCCUUCGUGGCCGCGUGCCUUGACGCGAGGAAAGAAGUUAGCAGUGCUGCCGGUGGUAGAAUCUGGCACCUGCCGGCCCCUUCUAGCCUCCAGUUUCCCCUACAUUCACCCACAAAUAAGCACCACAGGGAAUGGAGCCUGCUCAGGAACUGUGUGGCACUGUGUGUGUUUAAUGUGCAUGCAUCACCCUGAGCCAUAACUGUCGUUCUUGGUCCCUCAAAAGCUGAAAAAGUCUUAAGCUUACACAAAGUACAACGUGCCAUGCUAAAGCUGACGCACCUGUGUGCUGCCUGAAGCCCCAGCACACGGUGCCCUCCUACCCAGCACACAGCCCUCAGCCACCCUCGAUCCAACAGGCUCCAACUCCCUGUUUAAACCUCACUGCUCUCCCCUCCGCCCUGCACCCCCUCUCCCCAACUACCCCCUGACUCUUGCACCUCAACCAUGUCCCAUGCCCAGUGCCAGGGCUGCAGGGUUAGUGCCUGUAGCUGAGGGAACCCAGUAUGCUCAAUUUACUGAGCCAACAGCUGAACCAGGGGUCCCAGAAACAGGACGGGGGCCAGUCACAGAGCUCCCAACCCUCUGGCAGAGGGAUACCUGAGGAGCUGUGCCCACCACCUGUCCUCCAUCACACCAAUCUUUGCCUCUCCACACACAUGAGGUCUAGUCUACAGAAGGACCAGGCCCUGAGGGUCCAACACCAUUACCAACACUAGACACCUCUCCCAAGAACUAGGCAGGCAAAAAACUAGUCCAACUCUGCUGGCCAUGGGAGGCCACAGGGCCCAGAGGGCAGAUGUCUGGGCCUGCCCUCCUGAGGCUCGAGUCUGUAAGAUGGCAGCUCCCUAUCUCCCAGAACGAGCCUUGCACCUGCUAGUUUCAGACCAGGGGUCUACCCUGAAGCCCAGAGAACAUCACAAGGUGGCAGUAUGCCCCAGAGAGCCCCCUGCACCCACACCCACCUAGCCAUCACCUUUUGGGUGAAUGAACAUCUCAAACAAAUGAUGCACAUCAAAACCUGCUCCUUAAGUCUAACUGGUGGUGGACUAGAGCAAAUUGACUCGCCACAGCCUGUGCAGGCACACUCAAGCACGAGGGCCAGACACUUCAGAGUCAGAGGUGCAGUCAGACGCAGCACAGCACAGGAGGGUGUCGAUGGUGGACAGAUCACUGCACGUUUCAAAGCAGCCAACAGAACUGUGGAUGUUCGCAACACAGACAGGGCAAAUACCUGCAGUAAUGCACGUGCCAGCUUCCUGAUCUGACAGGGAUGUGUUGUACACAUGCACUGGAAUGCCACUGUCCCCAAUAAGCACACAGUCACCACACGUCAAAUACAAAUACAAAUACAGCUUUAAAAGUGUAUAGAAAAAAAAAAAACAGCUCACCAAAAUUUAAAUUCUGGAAGCCUUCGAAUGAAGGGGCGAAAUUCCUCGUUCUGUUUUGUUGGUAAGGAAGGGCCGUCAUCUGAAAGGCAGAGCACCUAUCAGAGAGGGAGCACUUGCCUCUCAUCUUUUUAUUUCUAUCACCAUAUUCAGAAGCUUUCCCUAAAAGUCUUUAAACUAGCAGGCCUCACAUAUGGAAACAGACUUACAUUAUUUAGCCAAAGAUAAAACGGGAGUCUACCACCAAUUUACAAAUCAAAUCAAUACUUUAGAAGAUUCAAUUUAGACUUUCUUUUGGAAAAAGACUUCUCUACAUUUUGUAUGUAUAAAAA